CCGAGGGGCGGGCCCCAAGCCUCGGCCUCGCCUCCCACUGCCGCCCGCCGCUUCCCGGCCGCGGAGCCGGGCAACGCCACCAGCAUGCUGCAGAAGCGGGAGAAGGUGCUGCUGCUGAGGACUUUCCAGGGCCGGACGCUGCGGAUCGUUCGCGAGCACUACCUGCGGCCUAGCGUGCCCUGCAACAGCCCGCUCUGCCCGCAGCCCGCCGCCUGCCGCAACGAUGGGAAGCUCUUGUCUGCUGAAGUGACUCAUUAUGUGAUUCCAGACUGGAAAGUUGUCCAGGAUUACCUUGAGGUCCUCGAGUUUCCCGAGUUGAAGGGAAUCAUUUUCAUGCAAACGGCUUGUCAAGCUGUACAGCAUCAGAGAGGCCGGAGACAGUAUAACAAACUGCGAAACCUCCUGAAGGAUGCUCGCCACGACUGUGUUCUCUUUGCUAACGAGUUCCAGCAGCACUGUUACCUCCCCCGGGAAAAGGGGGAGGCCAUGGAGAAGUGGCAGACCAGGAGCAUAUACAACUCAGCUGUUUGGUACUAUCACCACUGCGGGGACAGGAUGCCCAUCGUUAUGGUGACAGAAGAUGAAGAGGCCAUUCAGCAGUAUGGAAGUGAAACAGAAGGCGUGUUUGUCAUUUCUUUCAAGAAUUACUUGGACAACUUCUGGCCGGAUUUAAAGGCUGCCCACGAGCUCUGUGACUCCAUCCUGCAGUCUCGCCGGGAAAGGGAGAGUGAAAGUCAGGAAACCCACGGGAAGGAAUACCCAGAACACCUUCCCCUGGAAGUGCUCGAGGCAGGCAUCAAAUCUGGACGCUACAUCCAGGUGAGGUUGGCAAUGAAGGGUAGGUGUCAGCAGACUGGGGGAAAGAAAGAAGGAAAUUUUGGAAACGAAAAGGAAGAAGGAAGCUUGACGGUGAAAAUGGGUGGCCGGGUUGACGGAGGCCGAGUAAGAGCGGCUCCCGGGGCUUUUGUUCACCGGCCCUCUUCAGGCACAGGCCGUCUGAAAUGGCUUCCGGUGUGGCAGCCAUUGACUCGGCUUCUCGGUGCUGCACACACAGGCUUGCUCAGCGACAUCCUCAUCCAUGGUACGAAGGCUCGGAACCGCUCCAUCCAUGGCGAUGUGGUGGUGGUGGAGCUGCUCCCCAAAAACGAGUGGAAAGGAAGAACUGCUGCCCUGUGUGAGAACGACAGCGAAGACAAGGCCUCAGGCGAGUCCCCAAGCGAGCCCAUGCCCACAGGUCGAGUGGUGGGCAUCCUUCAAAAGAACUGGCGAGAUUAUGUGGUGACAUUUCCAUCCAAAGAAGAGGUCCAGUAUCAGGGCAAAAAUGCUCAGAAGAUCCUCGUCACACCCUGGGAUUACAGAAUCCCCAAAAUCCGCAUCAGCACUCAGCAAGCAGAGGCCCUCCAGGACUUCAGGGUGGUUGUGCGAAUUGAUUCCUGGGAGACAACAUCAGUGUAUCCAAAUGGACACUUCGUGCGUGUUUUAGGGAGAAUCGGUGAUCUGGAAGGGGAGAUUGCAACCAUCCUGGUAGAGAACAGUAUUUCUGUUGUCCCCUUCUCUGAAGCCCAGAUGUGUGAGAUGCCAGUGAACACACCAGAAAACCCCUGGAAGGUGAGUCCCAAAGAAGAAAGAGAGCGAAAAGACCUGAGGAACACCCACCUUGUGUUCAGCAUCGACCCCAAAGGUUGUGAAGAUGUGGAUGACACACUCUCAGUCAGAACCUUGAGUAAUGGCAACCUGGAGCUCGGGGUCCAUAUUGCCGACGUCACGCACUUUGUGGCCCCCAACUCUUACACUGAUGUCGAAGCUAGAACAAGGGCCACCACUUACUACCUAGCAGAUCGCCGCUACGACAUGCUGCCCUCCAUCCUGAGUGCAGAUCUCUGCUCGCUCCUGGGAGGCGUUGACAGGUAUGCUGUGAGUGUCCUGUGGGAAUUAGAUAAAACCUCUUAUGAAAUUAAGAAAGUGUGGUAUGGUAGAACCAUUAUCCGAUCAGCUUACAAACUGUUCUACGAGGCGGCCCAAGAGCUACUGGAUGGAAACUUCAGCGUUGCUGAUGACAUUCCAGAAUUCAAAGCCUUGGAGGAGCAGAGCCGGCAGGCCAAACUGGAGGAGUUAGUGUGGGCAAUUGGGAAGCUGACGGACAUAGCCCGCCACAUCCGAGCAAAGAGAGACAGCUGCGGCGCCCUGGAGCUGGAAGGCGUGGAGGUUCGGGUUCAGCUGGAUGACAAGAAGAACAUUCACGACCUCAUCCCCAAGCAGCCCCUGGAGGUUCAUGAGACAGUGGCCGAAUGCAUGAUCCUAGCCAACCACUGGGUGGCCAAGAAGAUCUGGGAGAGUUUCCCCCACCAGGCUUUGCUGCGCCAGCACCCUCCUCCACACCAGGAGUUUUUCUCAGAGCUCCGGGAAUGUGCUAAAGCCAAAGGCUUCUUCAUAGACACACGGUCCAACAAAACCCUGGCUGACUCUCUGGAUAGUGCAAACGACCCCAGCGACCCUAUGGUGAACAGGCUGCUGCGCUCCAUGGCUACCCAGGCCAUGUCCAAUGCACUCUACUUCUCCACCGGGUCCUGUGCAGAGGAAGAGUUCCAUCAUUACGGUCUUGCGUUAGAUAAAUAUACCCACUUUACUUCUCCGAUAAGAAGAUACUCAGAUAUUGUUGUACACCGACUAUUAAUGGGAGCCAUUUCAAAAGACAAGAAGAUGGAAAUUAAAGACAAUUUCUUCAGCAACAAAGAUCUUGAGGAAUUAUGCAGACAUAUUAACAACAGAAACCGAGCAGCCCAGCAUGCUCAGAAGCAGUCCACUGAGCUCUUCCAGUGCAUGUACUUUAAAGACAGAGACCCGGAAACGGAGGAGCGCUGCAUUGCUGAUGGGGUCAUUUAUUCUAUUAGAACAAAUGGCGUACUUGUAUUUAUACCAAGGUUUGGGAUUAAAGGUGCUGCUUAUCUAAAGAACAAAGAUGGCUUAGUGAUCUCGUGUGGCCCAGAGAGCAGCUCUGAAUGGAAGCCAGGAUCCCUGCAACGAUGUCAGAACAAGAUCACUUCUACCACAGCUGGAGGACAGUCAGUUACAUUUCAUCUGUUUGACCAUGUGACAGUUAGAAUAUCCGUCCAGGCCUUGCGUUGCCAUUCUGACACCAUCAGGCUUGAAAUAAUAAGUAACAAACCAUAUAUGACUCCAAACCCAGAGCUGUGCCAGCAGAACUCGCUCCUGCUGAAGAGCGAGUUAGUGAAAGAAGUGACCCGAUCUGUGGAGGAAGCUCAGCUUGCCCAGGAAGUCAAAGGCAGGGCGCUUCAGGAGUACCAAGAAUACUGCCAGACGAAGGGAAGAAGUCUCUACACGCUUCUGGAGGAGAUAAGGGACCUUGCUCUUCUGGAUGUUUCAGACAGUUAUGCAAUGUGAAAUACUUCCACUUCAAUAAAGAGCUUCGUCUUA